UUGUACAGCGCGCGGGUUUCUAAACUUUAUACUUUUAAUUGUACUUACUAUUCGGUUUGAAAAAUAUCUUUCAGCUGUAAAUUGAGAAAUAUCGACUAAGUUUAAUUAUCAAAUUUAGUACAAAAUGAGUGAUGAUGAUGUUACUAUUAUGGAAGUGGACGAAGCAGGACCUGCGCCUCCUAAACCAACAACGACGUCUAAUAAGACUGCACAUUUACCGUGGAUAGAAAAGUAUCGUCCACAAACAUUUAAUGACAUAGUUGGAAAUGAAGAUACCGUAUCGCGAUUAGCCGUGUUUGCAAGAGCUGGCAAUGCACCCAAUAUAAUUAUCGCUGGACCACCGGGCGUCGGUAAAACAACCACUAUUUUGUGUUUGGCUCGGGCUCUUCUCGGGUCCGCAUUUAAAGAUGCAGUUUUAGAAUUGAAUGCGUCGAAUGAUCGUGGUAUAGAUGUUGUCCGUAACAAAAUUAAAAUGUUUGCUCAGCAAAAGGUGACACUACCCCCAGGCAGGCAUAAGAUUGUUAUCCUAGACGAAGCAGACAGCAUGACAGAUGGAGCUCAGCAAGCUCUCCGCAGGACUAUGGAGCUGUACUCAAGCACAACUAGAUUUGCUCUGGCAGCUAACAAUAGUGAGAAGAUCAUAGAGCCCAUACAAUCCCGCUGUGCUGUGCUUCGAUAUUCACGGCUUACUGAUGCACAAAUAUUAGCAAAGGUAAUUGAGGUUUGCAAGAAGGAAAACUUGUCUUAUACAGAGGAGGGUGUAAAUGCAGUAGUGUUCACAGCACAGGGUGACCUGCGUUCAGCCCUCAACAACCUACAGUCCACCGCACAAGGCUUUGGCCACAUCAGCCCUGAUAAUGUGUUUAAAGUUUGUGAUGAGCCUCACCCAAUGCUGGUCAGGGGAAUGCUGGAGUCUUGUAUCAAAGGAGACAUACAUGGGGCCUACAAGGUGAUAGCCAAGUUAGUGAAGCUGGGGUAUGCAGCGGAGGACAUAGUGAGCAACAUAUUCCGUGUGUGCAAGACCCUGGAUGCGAGCGAGGAGGUGCGGCUCGUCCUGAUCCGCGAGGUGGGGCUCACGCACCUGCGCGCCGCCGACGGGCUCGGCUCGCCUCUGCAGCUCGCCGCGCUGCUCGUCCGCAUGUGCCGCGCGCUCGCCGCCCCGCACGCUGCCCCGGAACUAUAACGCGACGAUCAAGAGCGUUCUAAGUCAUUACCCUGCUAGUUGUUGUUAUGGAGGAAGGGGUAUUCAUUAAAUUUUAAACCUAUUUGUUUCCCAGUUCCAUUUGCAUCACUGAAACUAGUUUUACAAUAAUUAAAUUGGUCUUUGACCAUUGUAAUAGGUGAAAUAAAAUUUAUCUAACACAUAAUUUAUAUUCAAAUAGAGACUCAGACUGAUAAUUGUUGAUUGAUACACAUUCAAAUAAAAUUCCAAUAAACUGCUUAUGUAUGCAGGAAUUACUUAAGAAGUACCUGUGCCUUAUUCAUUCCUUUAAUUAUGCUCCUGCCUCCUUAAUCAGAGAAUAUGUAUUAAGCAAUUAAUUUUGUUUUAAAUAAUAGAAAAUUUCCUUUUGAUAAUGUUGGAAUAAAAUAUGUAUUUCGUUUAAUUAAAGGGAUAUAAAUUGUACAUGUAUAUUUUCUAGCUGGUGCCCGCGACUGCUCGCAUAAAAUUCGUAGUAGUUAAUGGAUGUUAUUAUACAUAUAAACCUUCUUCUUGAAUCUUGAAUCAAUGGAGUUAGUAAUUUUUGUUUUCAACAUGUGAUGUUCCAAAAAUCGACAGAAAAUAACCAUCACGCUGAAGAACUUUUGCUAAAACAUAACCUCUAUUUAUGUCAUAGUGUAGAAAGGCUGUUAUUUUGUAAUUAAGAAUAUUUUAACUUAAGUGUUGCAGCCUUCGUACAAGGCGGAUUUAAUUCAAUGUAUUUAGGUACUGUAUGAAUAACUUUGUAAAUAAAC